AUGUGUCAUGGAAGGAAAAUACAGAACAGCAAAAAUUCAGAACCUCAGCCCAGUUCUUCAGAUUCCCAUGUUGCAAUGGGCAGUGUUGAGACACGUCAACAAACAAAGCAAGAUGAUCCUAUGGAUACUGAAGAGAAGAGUCAUAGUAAAUUAGAGACUGUUGUUACUCCAGUACAAAAUGAACAAGAUAAAUGUAAUGUAAGCCCCCAAGAUGCAGAAAACAAAUCAAGUGAAUGUACUUCCUCUGAGUCAGUGCCAGUAAUAACAGAACAACCUAAUGAAAUAUUGAAAAGUAGUAAUAUACCACCACAAACUGAGAUUAAAGAUGUUGAAAUGAAAUCUGAAGUAGUGCCAAAUGUGUUAGUUAUUCCAGAAAUUAAAGUAAAAAAUGCAGAAAUGACAGAGCAGAAUCUUACUGAAUCGGAAAAUUCUGAUGUUAGCUCAAAAGAAGAAAAUGCAAGUCAAAAUGAAAUAAAACCUAAAUCUUCUAAAGAACCUCUGCAAGCCAUAAAUGAAGAUAGUUGUUCUAGCACCAUAAGUAAGGAAGACAUUGUUGAGCCUAUUAAAGUAGCUUCUGAGGUUUCUACAUCAAGUGAAGAAAGUUCAUCAUCAAGUGAUAAUACUGAUGGUAACAGUAACUCUCCGAAACCGGGUCCUGAAUCCCAAACAGAUAUUCCGGCAGAAUCAAUUAAAGGUGGUAGUAUCACAGAUGAGGAUACAAAAACUGAGGAGGCAUGUAAUGAGACAUCCACAGUAAAUGAGACAGUAGACAAUACUCCGCAAAUCACUAUUCAAACUGACAAUUACUCUAUAAGUGAUGUUAACUCAGAGAUAAAAGAGAUAUCUCCCGAAAAAAUUUCUAAAUCUGAAGAAAUAAGCAAUGAAACAGGAGAUGAAAAGACGGAAGAAAAACCAGUUGAAAAGUUGGAAUUAGAAACUGAAGUUAAAGCAACACCGGUACCA